UAUAAACAAGCAUAUAUAUAGUCACAGUAACGUACGUCAAAAAAGACAUUACUGCUUAUGCAUAUAAACUAUUGCAUUUAAAAUUGUAUAGUACCGGCUAGUCGAGUUUACGAAUCUGAACGUCGCCUGGUUGAUGUCGUGUCUCCAUAUUGGCUUUUAUAUAUGUCAGCAGACGGAUGUUUUUGAUCCAUCUCAGUUCUUGAACGCGUUUAUUUUUGUUCAUGUAUAGCCUAAUAGAAACCCGUAUAGAGUGAGUAAAGGGAUAUCUGGUAGAAACCUGCAAUAACCACUGACUAAAGUCAUCAGAGAAGAAAAAACCAAGGAACCGUCUCAUUCAUUCGAACAGCGGUUUGUGUACAACUAGAUCACAAAACACGUCAGAGACAGAGUACUUCUUUAUAAUCAUCAUUUUUGCGGGUGAUCAAAUGCACGAAGUGAGAUUUAUGAAGAUCAAUACUGCUGAAAAUCAAAGAAAGUCUCAGAAAAUAAAGUGGUACUCUAUUCAUACAUGGUUUCUCCGUGUGUUCCUAACUGCUCUGGCAUUAUCCUACGUUAAUGUAGCCAACUGGAUCUGCUGGAAAGACCAUCGCAAUAAGAUUAAGUGUUCUAUAUUCGGUACAUGUAUGCUGGUAACCUUGGUGUUCUAUGUGAAACUGAACGUCGAUACCCAUAACACACAUGAACUAGACAGCGAUCAAAGCCCGCAUUUUCCAUGCAACAGAACGCCAGAACAAGCACAAGAGCUACGGGAUCUCUUUCAUGACGUACGCGAUAUCCUAAACGAAAUGAGCAUAAGACCUUUUUUAAUUUACGGUUCAGUUUGGGGUGCAUAUCGCGCAAAAGCUCCUUUGGCUUGGGAUUACGACAUUGAUUUAGCAAUUAUAGGCGACGAAACAUACUCACAAAUCCCCAAAGCGGAAUUUCUCAAGCCGUUUCGAGAGCGAGGAAUAGAAGUUUACGACAUGACUUGGAUGUCUAGUUGUUAUUAUUUCACCCGUGGCAAGUUUGCACAGGUUGACAUCGAUAUAUUUUAUAAUUUCCAUGGAUUGAUGCAAAGAUCAGGGUUAAUAACAUGGCUUUUGUAUUAUAAUUAUAAAAAAUAUCAUAGUUUUCCUGAGUGGAUGGUCGAAAAACCGUUGCCUAAGAUGCAAUUCAUUGAUGUUCAAAUAGAAGUCCCGCGAGGCGGUAUGGAAAUACUAAAGUAUUUAUACCCGAAUGAUUGGGAAAGGCCGUUUACCCCUGCUGCUUGUAAAGUGAAUAAUGUUAAAGAAAAAAGAGUUGAACCACAAAGUAGAAUUUUUGUAAAUGAAAGUGGAAAAGAGGAUCGAAAAGAAAAGAAUAGUAUUCCUUCAAAAUAGAGAAUCAAAUGGCGUCAUUUAUAUAUAGAUCAUAUCAUAAUAACAUCGUCAUAAUCUUAUUUACAUAAACUAUUUAUCAUAUCAACUAUUCAUGAUAUUUUGUGUUGGUAUUUAUAUCAACAACGCGUAGAUAAACGUUUUCCAUUUUUUCUAAAUGCAAUUUAUUAUUAAAUACCUUAAAUAGUAAAUGUAGUGAAUUAUAGUAAGUGUUACUUGGUUUCCCUAUGGCGCCUCGCACGGCUUAUUUCGUUCACGCAGUGUAUAUGCAUGGCAUUUCGUACAAGCAUGAACCGAGUUAUGCAGCCUGCCUGUAGGGUAAUUAAAUUGCUAACUGUUGUGAUUUGAAGGCAAACGCACAUAAUCCUAGCUUAACUCUAACAGAUAGCUAUAUAUUACUAAAAUUUCAUCAGUAUAUAUGAUAACCUAUCGCUAUGCAUCGCUAAAUACUGCAUGUGAUAUAAUUAUUCUAGAAGACGUCUAGAUCUCCAAAUAUUUGCUUGCAGUCCUUCAUGCAUGCAUGUAUGAACUUUGCGUAGGUGGUAAAAAUAUCGUUGUAGCAACAACAUAGCCAUAUAAUAUCUCUUUCAUAGCUUUUAUUGUCAAAAUUGUAAAGAGGUACUCUGACUCUGUAAAGCGAAUUUCCGUUCGUGCAUGGCGCGCCCAAUGGCAAAGACAAUGCUGGUGUGCGAUAUAAACUGGUAAUGGUAUUGUAAAAUUACACACGACAGCAAAUUCCUCUUAAUAAUUCCUCCUGAACAUUCCUUUUCGCUCAUUUUCUGUGUAAUAAUUGACGUAGGCGCACUUGCCGUGAUGGUAAGAGCAAGAGCAAGUUCUUCAUUUAAUUGGUCGCAUGAAAUUUGACAGGUGGUUAUAAGAAAUUUAAAACAAUACGUAGUUUGCAUCUGUACUUUGAAAAAUCUGUACGGUAUAAUGGUAUAUUCAAUUCACCAUGUUAGGCUGCCUUUACAUCCGGUAUAUCAUUUCAUGCUGCUUUCGAUCGCAGUGUCAUUGUUCUUCACAUUUGAUGUGUGUUGUUUUUUAAACUUUAGUAAUUUCCAUGACGGUUGGGCAUGUACAGUUGGAGUUGGACUGAUUUGAAUUUAAAUUGACUAUAAUAGCGAAAAUGAUUGCUAUUAUAUUGGCUUAUUGCUGUCAGAAAUAGUUUAAAAUGAAGCGAGGUUUACUGGACUGGGAAACAUACUGUAAGACAUUUGAUGUUUGCACCUGCUGCGAUCUAUUUUGUCAGUACUCAACUUGUAUUAG